GGCAUCGCGAGCUUACUUCAACCUCCAGCUCUGGCAUAGAUAAACCGUGCCUGGACCAACAGCGCUAUUGCUCUAACAUCCCCAUCCUCCGCACCCGGUAGCUAUCAAAAAAGUCAGUAAGUCGCCAGAGAAUCAAUUUCUAGCUAUCGGAGAAUUUGUUAGCUAACGCACAUCGAGUUAUACAGCUCACCAAGCAACGGCGAAAUAAUUGCUGCCUGCAUAACAUUGCGUUACGUGCCAACAUACCUACUCACCCACACCUUUAUACAUGCGAUUACAUACCAAGCCUAGCUAUAAGCUAUACUGAAGUUCCGAAUCGCCACUGUUAUAAGCGUACGAGUGUUUCCCCACAACUCGAGAUACAACCCAUUUCGAAGCGAUGAUCAUAUAAACCCACAGCGCAACCGAUGGGCCCUACGAUUGAAGGGAGUGACAAUGAACCACAGGACGAUGAGCUAGACUUGCGCGACCCUGGCUCUGAUGUCGAUGUCGGUGCUAAUGCUGAUAUAGAUGAGCAGGAUAAGAGUGAGCUCGUUGGUACGGGGGAGGAUGAAGAUACUCCUGCGCCUGAAGGAGAUGGCCAGAUACACGAUGACGAUCUUGGUUCCAUCUCAAGUAAUCGUGACAUGUCUGCGGCAGAAGUGGGGGCUUCAGGCUCGGUAUCUGAUGGGGGCGAGGGGCGGUCGCGGCAGCGUUCAAGAGAGCGGACUCAUGAUAGCGUAGAGGAUUUGAGAUCAAUACCGGACGAUACACCGUCUGUUCAGGACUCACUCGUCUCCUCACCGGGAAGCAGCGCAUCUGCGCAUCGCGGGUCGUCUUCAAACCUAAGUCCCGUCCCCCACCGUCCAUUCGAUCGAAGAUUCCAAUCUAAACUCUCUGUCUCUUCGAUACCGCCUAGCAAUCGCUCAGUCUCUCCAGCACUUAGUCUCGCACAUUCUCGAAACUCAUCUCUGGCUAGUCACCUUCGUUUUGACAGUAGUACCCCCGAACUACUGGAGGAAGAUCCAGAACCAGCGCCGUGGGAAGUUGUUCGGUGGACAAAAUUGAAGAAAAUAUCUGGUCAGUUAUUUUCUGAAGUUGGUAAGAGGAAUUUUGGCAGACCGACCUGCACUGCUGUGUCUACGUCGAUUGUGCUAGGGACAACCAAGGGUAUCAUCUUGGUCUUUGACUAUCAGCAGAAUCUAAAGUCUAUUAUUGGACCUGGGACAAAAGCUGUUUCGUCGGGUUCGAUCACCGCUUUAGCCAUCUCUGCUGACCACUCAACGCUGGCUGGAGGUCAUGCGGAUGGAACUAUCUUCACCUGGGAAAUUGCGCGGCCCGCACGGCCCUUUCUGCAUAUACCACCAAUACCCAGGGACCAGCUUGACUCACGUCGAGCUGAUGGCCAUGUUACUGGUGUGUCCGUAAUUCACAUCGGAUUUUUGGGGACCAGACACACUGCUCUUGUUUCCGCCGAUGAUAACGGAAUGGCCUUCUCACACCUUGCAACUAGAGGAAUGGGAGCUGUAGGACGGGUAGUAAGAACUACACGUAUUUUAGGCCGGUACCCCGAGCUAUCUCCGUCUUCCGUUGUCCGGAAACCUAGCUCCGUCCUCGCAUUUUCUCCUCUUCCUCUAGGAAAUGUCGACCAACCAACUGACUCAUUAGGGCUAGUUGCGAUGCUUACACCAUAUUUAUUGGUGAUUGUUUCCACCACACCCGUUGCUAGAACUCAGUAUAAAUCUGGACGGCCCAAAGAACUUGCUGCGCACAGUGCAUUGACGGCGACAUUGGCAUGGUUCCCAGCUAUAAAGCUUAAGGGAAAGGACUCAGAAGUAUCCAAGACGAAACUCGUGUACUGCUGGUCAAACGUGCUCACAAUAUUGGAUGUUGAUGAAAACAAACAAACAGACGACAGUGACAAGGAUAGGCCUGUCAGCCUCAGGUUCAAACCACGAUGUAGGUGGAGGGCAGACGAAGCUAUUGUUGCUGUGCAGUGGAUAAGUCGUUCAGUCCUUGCUGUGAUGACAAUUACUCAGCAGCUCCUUAUUUUGGAAGAUAACUCUCUACGGGUCACCGAUUCAUCAGACUUGAUUCAUAAACACAUUUAUCACGUUGAUCUGUUUUCAAGACAACUCCACACGCUCAUCGAGCAACUCAAUGAUGAUGACGAUUACAAUAAUGAGCAAGACCAAUCUAUGCACGGUGUGAUUGCUGAUGCGUUCUAUAUGAGUUUUCGAGCAUACAAAGGCCGCCUGUUCCUACUAGGAUUCAACGAUAUCUGCGUAGGCAGUCUGUCAAAUUGGGCCGAUAGAUUGUUAGCAUUGGUCGAAAGUGGUGAUUUUAUCGGGGCCAUCCGACUUGCUGCGUCGUUUUAUACUGGACGUUCCGAGAAACUAACUGUCGGGCUUCCUGAAGAAGAUGAAUUACGACACCAAGUCGUACAGGAAAAAUUGCUUGAAAUGAUGUCCGCCUCCCUCCGUUUUGCCUUUGGGAAAAAUGCCGAGUCAGAUAUUGAGCGUCUUCAAAAUUCACAGUUAAGUGACUUGGCUGAUGCGUGUAUAUUUGCUUGCGAAGCUAUGGACAACAAUGAGUUCCUAUUUGAUGAUGUCUACCCCUGGUAUGAGGAAUAUGAAGCCUAUGGGGUUUUCAUGGAUGCGUUGGAACCAUAUAUUAUCAAGGGCAGUGUGCGAGCCCUCCCGCCAACAGCCGUGAAAUCCUUGAUAUCGCAUUUCGUAACAACACAUACUGCCAGCCGACUCGAAGAAAUCAUCUGCCUCCUAGAAACAGACACGAUGGACAUAGACCAAGUGACAAGCUUAUGCAAAAAACAUAAUCUUUACGAUGCGUUCAUAUACGUUUGGAACCGUGCUUUGCACGAUUACAUCAGUCCUCUUCAGGAAUUACUCAACCUCAUACGCAAGCACAAGACGGAAUCAGAUACCGAUCAAGAUCCAGAGGUAAUAGCAAAAGACCAUGCCAAUGCAUCAAGGAUGUUUUCCUACCUAUCUUACAUUCUUACGUCUCGUGUAUACCCAACUGGCGAUGAACUGGAAGAGCGUGAAGCUUUAUCCGCUAAAAACGAAAUAUAUAAACUCUUGUUUUCAGGGAAGCCUGGCCGUGGUGAUGAGCAUGGGAAUGGUUCGUCACCUUUCCAAAGCCUUCGAACGAUGCUCGAAUUUGAUACGCCAAGUUUUAUGAGCAUGCUAAACGAAGCAUUUGAAGAUAGUUUUCUCAACGACCCAGUUGAUCAGUGGAAUAAAGGCGAGCAUGCAAAAUCAGCUGAUGGUUCUUUUAUAAAUCGUCAAUAUCUACUAAGGAUCCUGCUCGAAGUCAUGGACUCGAAUUCUUCCAAUUUCGGCCCUAGUGACACUAUCUACCUUGACAUGUUUAUUGCUCGAAAUCUCCCCAAAUACCCCCAGUAUAUACUCCUCUCCGGCUCAACCCUACAACAAGUUCUGGUUAGGCUCUGCCAGUAUCCCAGUAUCGAAAUGCUUGACGAUUGCCAACUGUCUGCAGAAUAUCUGUUAUCGACAUAUCGCCCUCCUGAUAUACAAGCCUUGAUCCACUUGUUCAAGGAGGCAAAGUUCUUCCGAAUUCUGAAAUCAACAUAUAGAACCGAGAAGAGAUAUUCGGAUUUGCUACGAACAUAUAUCGCAGACCCAGAAGAUCAACAGCAUGUGUUUGUCUGCAUCCGCGAUUAUUUACGGCCAAGUUCUUCCCUUAAUAAGAAGCAGCGUCGAGAUCUCCUGACCACAAUGGAAGAGAUUGCAAAGGACUUAGCUUCUAUAAAUAUAUAUAAAACUGCGUAUACUGUUCAGUCAUUGGCUCCCGAGUUACACGAGAAAUUCCUCCAAGCACUACAAAACGACUCUACCAGCCAAUACGAAUAUUUGCAUACGAUCAUUGAAGAUGAGCAGAAACCCAGAACAGACACCAAAUCUGCGGAUACUGUUAGCCAUGAGCUUAUUGAGAAAUAUCUCCAAUUGAUGUGCCAAUAUAACCCUUCGCACGUUGCCGAUUUUAUUAAUUUGACUCAGGCGGGGGAUCUUCAGCUUGAAGCUGUUAUCCCUUACAUCGAGAACAGCGGCAUCGUGGACGCUGCAGUAAUUCUUCUUGCAAAACAAGGGGAAGUUACCAAUGCCAUGGAAAGACUGAGAAGGCAUCUCUCGACGUUAGAAGCCAGCCUAUCUGGCCUUCUGCAGAAUGCUGACGAUACCCCUGACUCAGCAAAUGCAGCUGAAGCUGUGACCGACCUAAUUCUCUCGGUUGAGAAAUAUACCCAGGUCGGCACGUGGCUUUGCAAAGAACAAAGCAAGGCUGCAAGACGGGUCCACGAGGGAGGCAAAUUCAAUAAAAGGGGAAGCUCGGUCUUUGAACAACCUCUGACAUAUGAUGAGAAUCUGUGGCUUGUUCUUAUCGAAGCUGUCGUGAAGAUUGCUCAACAAAUUUCUCCUCUACUAAGGCGUGGGCUGCUUGAAGAUGAUAGCAAGGGAGCAAGAGAAGCCUGGCAGGUGGAGGCUGACGAAGAUGACGAGGACGCCAACCAGCCUGGCCAUCUGUCGUCAUCCUUCAAGUCACUAGUUCAGCAAGUUUUCACAUCCUUACUGACUAGCACAACAAAGGCCAGACACGCGCCACAUCAAAAGACGGAUGUAUCAUUCCUUCGCAUACUUCGUGCAUUCCUCACUCGAGCUGCGGCGGCAUCCCCGUCACUAUCCGAGCUUCGAACUGUGAUUGGAUCCAUAUUCUCUGCGUAUACGUACGAAGAAUCCUUAUUACACCUUGCUAAUACGAUGCUUGACAAGGACCUAUUCGUCCACGUGAACGAAAUCACUAAGCUUCGACAAAAGGGCUGGAGACCGCGUGGUCAGGUCUGUGAGGUAUGCAGACGGCGUGUAUGGGGCCCUGGUACUGGGGCAUACAUAUGGGAUGCCUGGGAAAAUGAGUGGGAUCAGCAACACAGACGGAGACGAAAUCAACUUCCUGAUAGUGACGGGGAUUAUGAGAAAGACAUAAACGUCUCUUCAAGGAACAAAGGUAAAGGGAUCGCUGUUUCCUCGGCUCCUACAUCCAGCCUAACGCAGAACGGGCCCUCUUCACAGAGAGAAAAAAUGGCCGCAGUGCCUGCUGAUGACAGUGGAACAAGCAUCAGCGGAGGUGGGCCAUCUCAAGCAACUGGCGCAGCCUCUACAGGUACUACUCCUGCAGUUCCCGUAGACCUUGGUCCACUCAUUGUGUUCGGGUGUAGGCAUUUAUAUCAUCAGUCCUGUCUCACUGAGGCUGUGGCUCAGCAUUACGGCGGCGAUAAUACUCCCCCCUCGAUACCCACUGAGCCAACCUUCCAUCGUAAUAUUCACGAGCGAAUUGAACCGCGGCAGUUUUCAUGUUUACUGUGUAAAUAG